UUUCCCAUUCACCAGAUAGCCAACGCCAAGCGAAGAGAACAAGCACAAGAUGCAGAUUGCAACGCUCGCGCGGGUGGCCAUCCUCCUGGCGGUGGCCACCGCAACGACAAGCACGUACGCCCUGCUUCCUGGCGAGUGGUACCCGGACGGGAGCACAGAAGCGCAGGUGUCUGGAACCGCUGUGGACUACAUUGACCUGGGAACAGCACAGUACAACGCGCUCAUCGACUUUGAGGAGUUCUACCUCAACUCCACGGGUACGUCGAGUCCAGUGACGUUUGCGAGCAGCACGUUCCGCCUCAUGACGGAAUACCUGGCGGAGAAGCUCACGUCGCUGGCCUUGGAUACCCCCGACACCAUCGUCAUUGUGCAAGGCUUCGCCCCACGCCCCACAAACCCAACCCGCCCGCCGGAGCUCACCGACAUUGGCCGUGGCCUGCACAUGCGGUAUCUCAACAACGGUGGCCUCACCAACUUCCUCUCCGACUUGGCAAACCGCAGCAUCGAGGCCGGGUUUGAUUUCGUCGCCAUCCCGGGCCAGGGCAGCUACGUCAACGUCAGCGUGCCAAACGUCAACUGCGGCCGAAGCGCGGUCGACCUGCUCUUCAUCCUCGAUGGCUCCGGGUCCAUUGGCUCCUCAAACUUUGAGACCAUGCGCCAGUUCACCGCCACCGUCACCUCGUUCUUCGACGUUUCGCCCGACACCACGCGUGUUGCACUCAUGGUGUACUCGUCAAGCGUGACGGAAAUCUUCGACUUCAGCUAUGUCCUCUCCAAUACCAGGGACGAAAUCAUCACCACCAUUCGCAACACCAACUACCCAGGCGGUCACGACGUGUUUGUGAGCGUGACCUCGCCCAAUCCGGGACCCUUCAACUUUGACUAUGUCAUCAUGAACGACGAGCCCCUCAAGACACUCAAUGUGCGCAAGACAUCCAGCCAGGUUGUCUCCAUUGCCGUGCGCAGUCGCCUCACCCUCCUCGGCCGUCGCCGCGCAGAGGACACCAUCAGCUAUCGCCUCCGCGUCUUCAACGACCUGUUCAACGGGCCAGCCUCGCACACCAUCAUGGUCACGCCCGCCCGCAACCAGCGUGGUGCCCCCAUCUUCGACGCGCCAGAGGCCAUCAACUUUCCCGGGUACAGCUUCACCUAUACCCUGACAGGCCCAGGCAGCAGCAUGUUCGACAUUGACGCCAGCACGGGCCGCAUCACCCUGCGCGAUCCACUGCCAGAUGGCACGCAGCACGUCGUCACGCUCACGGGCACAUCCGGCAGCAUUGUCGGCGGCCUUGCGCUCAUGGUCGCCACGGGCCAGCCCACCACCCUGCCUCCUUCCAGCGGCAACGGCGGUUCGGGCGCCAGCCAGAGCACAGGCAACGCCUCCGAGACAGACACCGCCGUCAUUGUUGGCGCUGUUGUGGGCGGCAUCUGCGGCUUUUUGCUCAUUGUCGGCAUUGCCUUUAUUGUCAUGCGCAACCGCUCCUCCGGUGGUGCUGGCGGCAGCUCGCAGGCCCGCUCUCGCCCAUCCCAGUCUGUUGCGCCAGCCACGACAGCGUCCUCCCCACCACCGCCGUCGUCCAACUCCACGUCCAUCACCACGGACGGCGACACCAAGUACAACCCGGCGUUUGGUUUCGACGCCUAA